AUGCUCACAAAUUUUUAUCAGCAAAAAGUGCUAAAAAUGACCGAGGAAAACUGGAACGACGAUAGCAUGGAAGCGGGCAGCAUGGCCGUGGACACCAUGCCACUACCCCAGCCGGCUGACAUUCCUGAAAUCAAAUUAUUCGGGAGAUGGAGCUAUUACGAUGUCCAGGUUCCAGAUAUGUCUGUUCAGGAUUAUAUUUCUGUAAAAGAAAAAGACGCCAAGUACCUGCCGCACUCUGCUGGUAGGUAUGCACACAAGCGAUUCCGAAAAGCACAAUGCCCUAUCGUCGAGCGUCUAACUAACUCCUUAAUGAUGCAUGGCCGUAACAACGGUAAGAAAUUAAUGGCUGUUCGCAUAGUGAAACAUGCCUUCGAGAUCAUCCACCUCUUAACUGGAGAGAACCCACUUCAGGUUCUGGCUACCGCUAUUAUUAACUCUGGCCCUCGUGAAGACUCCACUAGAAUUGGUCGCGCUGGUACUGUUCGUCGUCAAGCUGUUGAUGUUUCCCCCCUCCGUCGUGUGAACCAAGCCAUCUGGCUGCUGUGCACUGGCGCACGUGAAGCAGCUUUCAGAAACAUUAAGACCAUUGCUGAAUGUGUCGCUGAUGAGCUUAUCAAUGCAGCGAAGGGUUCAUCAAACUCAUACGCUAUCAAGAAGAAGGACGAGUUGGAACGUGUUGCUAAAUCCAACCGUUAA